AUGGAGGAUGACAGGAAAUCUCGCAACUUUCUCUCACGAACCUCAAAAGCACUCGGCUUCAAGCCGAGGAAGAGGAAGUACAACCCGGACAAAUUCGAUCAUAUUUCUGAUUUUGAAGAUGAGUUGGACUUGGAGAUAAUCGACGUAGAGGUGGAAGUACCUCGCGACGACAAAUUAGGAGAUCAGGAGGAACCUGAACCACUUAUAAUAGCCUUUGAAUACCCGGAGGAGGAGAUGCCUGUGUGGUAUACAAGUAUAAAAGCUUUGUCGUUUGGAGGGGCAGCAGAAGAACCCUUACUAUUACGAGCAGCAGAAGUGCAGACCGUGGAAUUCCACGAUUGUUUCGACAGCAGUCGUGAAAAUUUAGUGAAUAACGAGAAAAAACCACCACAAAAUAAGAUCGAAGAAACAGUCUCUAAGUUAGUUGGAGAACAUUCCCUGCCAGUCCCUACCUCCCCAACAGCAGCCGGUCCUAGCAAGAGUCUUAGCUUAUUAAGAGCGAUCAGUAGGGAAUCACAAGAAUUAGAGGAGGUGAAAGUGAGGAGGAUGUCAGACAGGGUCAAGUUCCUCGAGCACCAGGAUGACAGGAGUAAUGGGUCACGUGAUGGGUCACGUGAUGACCAUCUCAAUGAGGAGGGCCAGUACUUCUCUGACAACCAGAUGAAAGUUUUUGAGACUAUAUUUCAGAGGCUGGAUAUAAACGGAGACGGUCAAGUCUCACCAUCUGAAUUGAGAAAAGCCUUGAAGUUCAUGGACAUACGGGUAGAUAAGGCAGUGUGCGCUAGAAUGGUCUACGAUUUUAACGAGGAUGGAUUCCUGGAUAUCGACAUCUUCAUGGAUAUGGUAACAGAAUUAUUCAGAAAAGGCUACCUCGAUCCAAUAACGUACAACAUUGAGUUGGCUCAAGAUCAGAAGAAAAAGAAAGUUAUAAACUCUGCAGACGAUCUCUUGCGGAUAUUCCACAGUUUUGACCAAGACAACUCAGGAAACAUCUCUAAAUCAGAGAUAAGGUCGAUAGCAGGUGACCUGGGACUACCAAUGUCAGAUCUGGAAAUUGAGAAGUUCAUGGAGCGUGCAGACAGGAAUGGUGACGGGAGCAUCGACCAGGAUGAAUUCUUAGAAUACUUUGGAACUUUGUUGUUUUGAACAUUUUAUUGAAUAUUAUCUAAUAUAUCGCUAAUAUGUUCCCUGGUAUCACGUGUAGUAUCA